GCCUGAUGACCGGAAUUGAAAAACACUGCUUUACACAAAGAUUAAGCAAGUCAGACUGCUGGCUGGAAAAAGACUAUCAGCAGCAGCACACCGCCGUACAGUUUGGUCUCUCGGGUUUCACCAGGACCAACAGGCCAUAAAAUCUUCCUAAAAACAGCCAUGUGAAGCUUGCUCGUGUUUGAGUAGAAGCUGUGCACUGUGCUCUAAGAACAUUAUCCCCCUUUAAUCCACUUUGCCUUCUGCUGCGUGCAGGUGGACAGACGGCCAGAUGGAGCUGGGUGGCACAAACACCAGCUUCCACGCUUAAUUGCAACAAACUAUUUAUCUCGGAGACAAAGUCAACUAAUUCACUAAGAGUUGACCGUGCAUUUCAUCUUUUUGUUGCCGUAUACUCCUUUUCACACACUGUGAUUAGGUGCGACUCUUUGCUCUGCUAUGGAGGACCCGGACAUAAGGCAGCAGAAGCUGGACAACCAGGCAAAGAAAAUUUGUCCAUUAUUUUCAAUCACUCGUUUGGCAUUUUGAUCUUAGCGAGCUCUUUUGAUGAAGAAGCAGCAGAAGAAGAGGGCAGACACUCAGAUGGUGGUGGCCAAUAGAGACGCUCGCCAAAAGAAUCGAAAGCACAAGACGGUCAACUCAGAAGAGAUGCCUCUGUUGAUCUCUCAGUCCCUGAGCAGCACGUCUCUGAGUGAUCAAGUAGAACAUGCCCAUGACAACCCCCUGGACGAGAUCACACUGGGCGAGGGUGACUUGAACGCGACCUCAGAACCGGACGAAAUGCCUCCAGAGAAGCCCGUCACUCCCAAAAGGAUGGACUUAGAGGUUGACCGAGAGCCUGAGGUAAAUGGUAAAGAAGAGAACGUAGCCCCCGAGGAGGUAAAAAAGACCAAAAAGAAAGAUGUGAAAAAAGACAAAACCAAACGAGUGGAAGAGACCGAAGAGGAACUGGAAAAGGAGAAAGAAAAAGAGAAGAAAGAGGAAAAGGCAAAGAAAAAAGACAAAGUGAAGGAAUCUGUAGACACGCAGAAGAAGAGCAAACAACAACGUAAAAAGAAGCAUUUGCAGGAGGAUUCAGCCCCUGAGACCAAACCAGAGGUGAAGGAUGAAACUCUAAAGGAUAAACGCAACGAGAGCAACAAAGACGAAGAAGAUCCUCGGGAGCCCGAGACUCCUUCGCCCAUGAAGAAGAAAACUCUGGAUACGUCCAGGUGUCAAAUAAGCGACGAGAGCAAAGAUGAGGAAAUCCAAGAAGAAUCUGAGCAGAAGAAGGAGAAAAAGUCAAAGAAAGCAGAGAAAACUCCGUCCACUCUGGCGUCGUACAACUCCAACUGUAGAGAGACGUCGUCCUCAGGCAGUGAACAUAACGAAAGGGUGACUUCUCCGAUGUCCGUGGAGGACCUUGAGAAUUUUGCCCUCCGUCCCGCUCCAAGAGACGUGACCAUCCAGUGCAGGGUCACCAGGGACCGGAGAGGCAUGGAGAAGGGCAUCUACCCAACUUACUACCUCCACAUGGAGAAAGAGGACGGCAAGAGGGUGUUUCUGAUGGCGGGCAGAAAACGAAAAAAGUGCAAAACAUCGAACUAUCUCAUCUCCAUCGACCCAACAAAUCUAACCAGAGAUACAAACUGCUACAUUGGAAAACUAAGGUCCAAUGUUCUGGGAACAAAGUUUACGGUCUAUGAUGGAGGUGAAAACCCAGAGAAAAAACCUUUCAUUAAAGAGAGUGAGUCAGUGCGGCAAGAACUGGCAGCCAUAUGCUAUGAGACAAACGUUCUGGGUUUCAAGGGUCCGAGGAAAAUGACAGUGAUCAUCCCUGGCAUGCUGGAGAACGAUGAAAGAGUGUCCAUUUGCCCCAAAAACGAGCUUGAGACACUGCUGGUGCGCCACUCGAAUGGAAAUACGGACAAGCUGGUCACUUUGGUGAACAAAUCCCCAAGCUGGAAUGAGCAGACUCAAUCGUACGUGCUGAACUUCCACGGACGUGUAACGCAAGCCUCCGUGAAAAACUUCCAGAUCAUCCACCCAGACAACGAGGAUUACAUUGUGAUGCAAUUUGGUCGUGUGGCAGAGGACGUUUUCUCCAUGGAUUAUAGUUUUCCUAUGUGUGCCCUUCAAGCCUUUGCCAUCACUCUGUCAUCCUUUGAUGGCAAACUGGCAUGUGAAUGACCACACCCAAAGUGCUUAACAAGAUGUGUAAACAUCACAAAAAAUGUACUAGUUAAAACUGAAGCUACACCCAUUAUUUAACGCGGGACCAUGUUUGAUUAUAUCUGCUACGCUCACAACUUGAAACAUACCACAAAUGUGACAGAAGAGUUGUUUUAUAAGUCCUGUGAUGGUCUUUUUCUGUCUUUUUAUUUUAAUUGAGAUACAAGGCAAUAUUACAUAGCUUUCCUUUCGUACUUUCAAAAUGUGUAUGUGAUUUGUGCAAUUAAACUAUUGUGCUAUUUAAUAAGAAAUCUGAAAUAUUAAAAGAAAAGAUUGAGUAUUAAGAUUUACCAUUUAUUUUUUUAAAAGCAGUAAUAUAACACACAUUUGUUUGCCAUAACCUCUGACUGUUUAAUUUUAUAAUAAAGUUUGUGGUCUUUA